UGUUCGCGAGGCCAUUCCUUCGUUUCGGUUGCCUUUGCUCCUUGCCCUCGUCAGCUUGGUCCCCCCCCCCCUUCCCUCCACUCUCUCUCUCUCGCACCGCUCGCUCGCUGAAUAAGAGUUGGCACCUCGGGCCCCGAAUCAAGACAUCAUCGCACUAUGGUCCGGCUAAGCUUGGCGGCAACGCUGCUUGCCGCCGUGGGCACUGCGCAAGCUGCUCUCAACAGCCCGUCAGUGCUCCGGGGCGCCUAUAUCGUCGAGUAUGAGGACAACCAUGACUCGGACAGCUUCAUCAGCUCCCUCGGGGUGGAUGCGUCGAAGCGCAUGGACCUCAACUACAAGCUCUUCAAGGGGGCGUCAAUCCAGCUCAAGGACGUUGCAGGCGCAGAUGACAAGGCCGCCAUAAUCGCCAAGAUGCCCGCCGUCAAGAAGAUGUGGCCCGUCAAGCUGUACAACGUUCCCGAGCACACGGUGCACUACGUCGGCAAGCCGGGUCAGGACGCCGGGCUGCUGAAGCGACAGGCCGCAGACAAUGGCAAGGACGAGUUCACGCCCCAUGUCAUGACCCAGGUCGACAAGCUGAGGGCGGAGGGCAUCGUUGGGAAGGGCAUCAAGAUUGCCAUUGUUGACACUGGCACCGAUUACAAGCAUCCGGCGCUUGGCGGCUGCUUCGGCCCCGGAUGCCUCGUUUCCUUCGGCACAGAUCUCGUCGGCGACAACUUCAACGGGUCGAACACGCCGGUUCCGGACCCCGACCCCAUGGACAACUGCAACGGGCACGGCUCGCACGUGGCCGGCAUCAUCGCCGCGCAGCAGUCCAAGAACCCGUACGGCAUCAUCGGCGCGGCCGAGGGCGUAACGCUCGGGUCGUACCGCGUCUUCGGCUGCUCGGGAGACGUGCCCGACGACGUGCUGAUCGCCGCCUACAACAAGGCGUACGAGGAUGGCGCCGACAUCAUCACGGCGUCCAUCGGCGGGCCCAGCGGGUGGUCUGAGGAUCCCUGGGCCGUGGCCGUGCAGCGCAUCGUCGAGAACGGCGUGCCCUGCACCGUCUCCGCCGGCAACGACGGGUCCGAGGGCCUCUUCUACGCGUCCACGGCCGCCAACGGCAAGAAGGUCACGGCCAUUGCCUCGGCCGACAAUACCCUGGCCCCUGCUCUGCUGACCAACGCCACCUUCGCCGUGGAUGGCGGGGACGAGCAGUCGUUUGGCUACACGCCCGGCAACCCGGCCGAGUGGGCCAACGUCAGCCUGCCUCUCUGGGCCGUCAACUUCAACAUCACCGACGCGGCCAACGGCUGCGACCCAUACCCGGAUUCGACGCCGGACCUGUCCGGGCGCAUCGUCCUCAUACGCCGGGGCACAUGCACGUUCGUCCAGAAGGUGACGAAUGCCGUCGCCAAGGGCGCGAAAUACGUCAUCAUCUACAACAACGUCCAGGGGAGCCAGGCCGUCGAGGCCAUUGUUCCCGGCGCGAAGGCCAUUGCCAUGAUUACGGCCGCGCAGGGCGAGACCUGGAUCAGCGCGCUCGAGGCGGGGUCGGAGCUGGUGGUCAGCAUGACUGACCCGGACACGGCGCCCCGGUUCCUCGUCAACUUCGACAAUGCCCAGACGGGCGGGCUCAUGAGCACAUACACAAGCUGGGGCCCGACGUUCGAGGUGGACGUCAAGCCGCAGUUCGCGGCGCCCGGCGGGCUGAUCCUGUCGACGUACCCGCAGGCGCUGGGCAGCUACGCGGUCCUGUCGGGGACGUCGAUGGCGUGCCCGCUGGUGGCCGCCGUCUACGCGCUGAUGAUGAACGUGCGCGGAACCAAGGACCCCAAGACGAUCGAGAACCUCCUGUCGUCGACGGCGCAUCCCACGGUGUUCUCGGACGGCAUCACGUCGGUCCCUUACCUCGCCCCCGUCCCCCAGCAGGGUGGCGGCUUGAUCCAGGCCUACGACGCGGCGUACGCGACGACGCUGCUGAGCGUGUCGAGCCUGUCGUUCAACGACACGGACAACUUCCAGCCGGUGCAGAACUUCACCAUCUCCAACACGGGCGACGAAGCCGUGACGUACAAGCUGAGCCACCUCAGCGCGCUGACGUCGCUCACCUUCCUGACGGGGUCGUCGGUCCAGCCCGACACCUUCCCGAACCAGGUAUCGGACAGCUACGCCACGCUCUCGUUCCAGCCGGGCGGCGACUCGGUGACGAUCCCCGCCGGCCAGCGCAAGAUCAUCAGCGUGACGGCCAAGCCGCCGACGGACCUGGACCCGAAGCGGCUGCCUGUCUACUCGGGCUACAUCGCCAUCAACGGCUCCGACGGGCACGUGCUGUCGCUGCCGUACCUCGGCGUGGCCGGCAGCAUGCACUCGACGACGGUGCUGGACAAGAAUAACACGUACCUCAGCCGCUCCCUCUCGUCGAAGCUGGCGCCCCCCACGGCGGCGAACCAGACGUUUGUGCUGCCGCCGGCGGGCCACGUCAACGACACGGCGUACCUGAACAAGACGGACCUGCCGCUGCUGGUCACGACGCUGGCCAUGGGGAGCUCGCUCAUCCGCACCGACCUCGUGCCCGUGCGCUCGUGCGGGAAGCCGCUCAACACGACCGACGUCUUCGGCUCCGCCUCAAUCGGCCAGCUGGUCGACUCGCCGUUCGAGUACGAGCCGCGCGGCGUGUCCAAGACGGCCUGGGACGGCAAGAUGGCCGACGGGUCGUACGCGCCGGCGGGCAUGUACAAGAUCGUCGUGAGGGCGCUGCACAUCUUUGGGGACGCGAAGCUGGCGACCGAGUACGACGUCUCCGAGACGGUGCCGUUCAGGAUCCGAUAUUCGAAGUUGGGGUGAUUCGCUCGAAUGAUGCGGCUGCGGGGCGCAGCAAUAAUAUGUGUACAAUGUAGUUGGAUAGAUGGGGGUGCAGAUGGAGUGCAGAUGGACCGCGCAGAACUGAUAUAUAAAUAAAUACAUUUGUGCAAUGCCUACCUACCCUGUGUGUCGCAGGCUCGAGGCACGUGGAGAACUGGAACUUUGGACACACACCCGCAUCUAUCAAGGACAACAUCAAUCUAAGUACUAAGGA